UGACAUUCACACAUUCCCCCAUGUUUGGUCUGCAAAUAACUUUAAGGCUGUGGCAGCUUCUGCUGCCGUUCCUGUUGCUGGGUGGCACCUUGGCUGCCCCCCACCAUGGACCCUGCGGAGAGAACGAACAGAUCGCCUGCAUGCUCUGCAAUGAACCCAGCUGCACAGUGCCCAUCUACUAUGAGCCGAACUGUGCCUACGCUGAUUUUUGUCACCUGGGAUGCGGCUGCAAGUCGGGACAUGUGCGGAAUGAUUCCACAAAUCGUUGUGUGUCCAUUUACGAAUGUAAAGCCUUUCAGUGGAUCAAACACGACUUUCGGCUCGAACGCAUGUUGGCGGAACCAUCACCUUUAGUGUGAAAUUUUAGUUUUAUUUUAUAAUUUAUUUUAGAUUUCGUAUUGCCAUAACCAGACCAGUUGCCAACGAAGCAUUCACCAUGUCAGCCGUCUUUCAGUGCCCAUUCUCUUCGAUUCUCUUGAUUUUUAUUUGUAUUUGGUGCGCGUUUGUCCCAAGCCUUUGGGCGCAGGUGCAGCAGAAUGGCGUGGAAUAUGGCGAGUUGAAGAAUAAAACCAUAUGCAUCGACGAUGACAUGGGCCAUAUGAUGUGUUACUAGGCUUACAAAUAAAUUGCAAAUUGCAAAUUUCUCUGUCCUAAAUAAGUAAUAAACGAAAUUGGGUUGGCGA